AUGAUGGAUGUGGAACUAUAUGGUGUUAUGUUCUUGUACUUCGUUGCCUCAACCCUCGGUCAGGAUCGGCUGCUGUUUAUGUUAAUCCGGAGCGUUGGGGGCGAGGCGCUGAAGUGGCAGCAGCUGACAAGCCCACCUUUUGCAUCCCUUUCGGAAUGGCGAGCGGAUUACGGCGCUGUGCGCUUGUCUACACUUGCAACCGGUUGUUCGAGAGGCGAUGACGUCUGCAGUCUCAAGUCACAGCCGGAAUUGCUGCAUGACGUCCUGCAUGCUUUGGUGUUGUUGCUGCUGCCAGCGUUUAUGGUUUUAUAA